AUGUCUGUAUUCCGGAUGCGCUUUACUCAAAGACCAAUUGGCCUUGCCACAAGACUUUACUCUAGACAGUACUCAACAAGUCAAGCCCUCCCUUCUCGAUGGUUUACUGAUCUGCAGGCUCAAUUGAAGGUGCUAACGACCAACAAAUAUCCCAAAGAAUGCAGUGAACAAGCGCAAAAGCUCUAUGCUUUCUCGAAUGACAAUUGGCUUGAGUUAUUAGCAGGACAACAAGGGUUUCUCACUGAGAAGAAAUGGCGGGGUAUCGACAAUCAUCAGUUGCUCUGGGGUGAUAUGGUGAGACAGUAUGGACACGUAAAUAAUAUCAUGUACAACAAAUACGCCGAAACGGGUCGCGUGAAAUUCAUCCACAACCAGAGCGAAGAUGCGACAGAGGAAGAGAAGCCACAAUGGAUAGACCUUCCCACGCCUCGAGGACUUGGUCUCAUCCUUAAGAGUAUCAAAACCGAAUACAAGUUUCCUUUGGAAUUUCCCGACCGCAUCACUGUAUUCUACAAGUUACUCGAGGCACCAACAUACGAGUCAACUUCACUGAAGAAGGAAGCUUGGAUUCUGUCCGAGACCCACCGACGUCUGGCAGCCAAAUGCAUCGAAGACACUGCCAUCUACGACUACAGAAUCGCAAAAAAGUCUGUUCUCAAGCCAUUCAUGGUUGAAAAGCUUCAACAGACUUUCAAAUUGCAGCAAGAACGAGAGAAGAAGUACACUGAGGAGGCGAAUAAGCUUAUCAAGGCUGUUGAGGAACUCAAGACGAAAUAUCAGUAA